AUGGUGGUCCGUGAAUUCGUGGGCCGGGCGAUCUUCAGCGUCCCCAUCGUGGGACGGGUGGCUCGCUACACCACGGGAGCCUCCGACACCAAGCUGGAGGUCGAAGUGGUGUCCGAUGAUGAUGAGAUCGAGGUGGUGGAGCCCGACUCCCCCAGAGAGAAGAUCCACCGCCAGUUGCUUAAAAACCGCAUUGACCGAGCCGAGGCCUUCAUCGACGACGACGAAGCGACUCUCACCGACCCCGAAGUCCGUGGCAUUGAUGGUGUCCGGGAGCACCGGGUCGAAGAGUUCUUGUACCGUCAGGCUUCUAGAGAGAUGCAAAAGCCCCAGGAGCAACUGAACCCAGGCUUCGUGCUGUACUUGGUGACGCUGGGGGCGCAGAGAUUGCUUGGUCGCCGUCACAGUCCCGAACCUGAUGCUUAUAGUGAUGGUGAAGGAGCGCCUAAAGUGCUGGUGGCGAAGCGGUUGUUAGAUACCGAUAUCAAGAUGGACUUGUUUUUGGACUCAUUAGAUGCUACCACCAAAAAGCGUCUCCUCCAAGAAUUGGCCCACGACCUUGAGCUUCACAAUGAACUCCCUGGCUACACCCCGAGAACGGGAUCAAGCACCCCUCGCCUGGGCUUCCGUACUCAACCACAAUCAGGUCCCGACAUUGGCGUGGACAAGUUGAAGGAAGAACUUAUUAUCCUCAUUAAGUUCGGGGUGGUGUGCUGGAAGAUUCUGAUGCCAUUGUUCCGCUACUUUUACCGCAGGUACAUGGACAACUCCCUCUACUUUUUCAACCAGCGCAACACCGCCACUGUGUUCGAUUUUGUUCUCAAAGUGAUGAGAAUUGUUGAGCAGAGAUUAGGUGACAAUGAAGACAUGAUUGACCAGAUUUACAAUAAAGGACGACGACUGCGCGACAUCACCGACCGCCAAGUGGAGGCCUUAUACACCGAGAUAUCCCUGGAAGCACUGAACUUCUUCAACCUGCUGCUGAUUCGUCAGCUGUUGUUCGACUUCAUGUUGGGCCGAGUGUACGUGCUGAAGCCGUCGCCGCCGUCGCGGCUGCCAGAGCCGUUGAGACUGUCAUUUGAAGAGAACUUGUACAAGUUUGAGACGAUGAACCGGUGA